AUGCCAUAAGAAAAUUGUGUAGUUUGCGGGAAAAGAUAAGAUGGUUUAUAUGAAUUGCUGCCUCAUUUCAGAUCAAGACAGUCUUGCAAGUACAUACACAAGAUGUGUCUGCUGUUAUUUAGUUCUGAUUGGAAUCAUCGAGUUGCUGCGAAUGAGCGAUUGUAUUACAAUGAAUACCGGAAAGAGUGUUCAGUGUGUGGGAGGAGAAGCAAGCAAUAGGUGGUUAGAUGUGCACACAGUUAAUGUAGAAAAAGAUUUCAUUUGGAGUGCUUGAGGAAUGCUGUAAUUAAGGCGAAUUCAAAUACAAGGGAUUAUUAUCCGAGACUGGACGCAUAUUGUUAAGAGCAUUCUCUCGAUUAAAUUAAAACUAGUAAUUUGGAUGAGUGUGUAGAAUCCAUUUUUAAUGAACAUCUAUCAAAUUAGGAAUAAGAACCUGGUUAGAUUUAGAAGAAGAAACACAAAAAAAAGCAUAAGAAGAAACGUUCUCGAUCAAGAUCAAGAUCUCACAAGAAAUCAGGACGUCGAUCGAGUAGCUAAUGCAGAUUUAGUGAUAGUUAAAGUUCGAAAUCAUCAAAAUCGCAACCCAAAAAUCACUCUCAUCCAAAAAAAGACAGUUUGCUAGUUAUACCUGAAAGCAAGAUUACUGAUUUCAUGAUAUAAAAAGUCAAAAUCCUAACACAAGGACCUUUGUUGGAAAAAGAGGAGUCUAUUGUUGAACCUCUGCCCAUUCUUCAGCCUAUCCCCUAGCCCAUUAUUGUGCAGAAGGAGGUUGAAAAACAGAAGAUUUAUCCCCAAAUUCAAAGGCCCAUUGUUGAAGAUCCUGAGUUCCCCUAUACCGAAAGAGAAAACAAGAGAGAUCAAUCCAUUCUGAAGUGGUGGGAAAAAAUUGAGGAAAUCUACUUCAAAGGGGAAGAGAAACUACCAAUUACCAAAGUUGAAGAAUUCCAGAAUCCUUUCGAAUGGUCGAAUCAAGGAAUGGAUGAGGAUUUGCUUAAUUAUGCCGAUCAGAUGAAUAUUGCCUAUCAUACAGUUGAGAUUUCAAUGUAGAGGAAGCAUAAAUGUUUUAAUUAGAUGUUCAAAAACUCAGUAUUAGUACACUAAUUGUAAAAAUCUUUUAGUUUCAUUCGAUAUAGUUUUACCGAGCAUGUAGGCAAAGCAACACCCAAAGGAUUGUUGAGGACCAAUAUACAAUUGUAUAGAUAUUUAUAAGAAACAGUUGACAUUCCUACAUAUUCUGAUAAGGAAAUAGUUGGCAAAGAUCUAAUUUAUUUAGAGGGUUGCGAAUUAACUAAAUAGGAAUAUUAGGAUUGCUUCGAAUUAGAACAGCAAAUUAAAGAGGUCUAUUCUAAAUUGGAAUCUCAAUUAGACAUUGAAAGUGACACAAUCCAAUAAUUCGAUAUUGUCUAUCACAUCUUGAAUAAAGAACUCACCUCUGUAGUUAAAUAAAACAAUCAAUUCCGAGAAUAAAUCAAUUCCCAAAUCACUGAUUACAAUUUCAAAAUAUUGAACACCGAAUAACAACUAUUGAUUGAUUUAUUGAGGUGGUCUCAAAUCGUCAAAGCCUUCAUAAAUGGAUAUAAAGACAAAAAUGCAGAUGUCUUAAACUCCUUCUUUCCUUGCCAAUUAACAUUGACAUCCCAAUCCUCCCAAAAAGCUUAGUAAAAGAAGAAGAAAAUCCACUCUAAGGAAAAUACUCAACCUUUAGAUACAGACUGCAAAAUCUGUUUUGAUUACCAUUACACAGAUUUCAAUCCUGUCAUCUACUGCGGAAAGUGCUCCACAUCCUUCCAUAAGAUUUGUUAUGGUUUGACUGGAUCCCUUGACGAAGAUGAUGUUAUUUGUGAUGGAUGUUAUUAUGAGUCAUCUAAGGUGUAUUAAUUCAGAAGAGGUGCUGCAAAAUGUAGAAUCUGUAAAAAACUAGGAUUGCCACAAAAGUACAUAAGAAGCUCCUUUUAUCACGUUUCUUGUUUGCUUUUAACCAACUAAGUCAUUCUCUCAGAUGGUGCCUAUGAUGUUAGAAAUAGAAAGAAUGAUAUCAAGCAAUUUUGCAAAGAUAACGAAUCCAGUACUCCCCAAUGUGCAGUUUGCGGAGAUUCUAAAGGAUUUCGUUUUAUGUGUUCUGGCGGAGAAACCAUUCCGUGCAAGCAUGCCUUCCAUCCCAUCUGUGCUUAUCUACAUGGCUUAACCAUCGACAUCGAAAGCGAGGAUCUAGAACAGUGUUGCAAAGAACUAAGGUUUGCUCAGUUAAAUGUGCAUAUCAAAUGUGUCUUACAUUGUAAUAAAACAUUGUAAGAACUCGUACAGUAGACUUACUACAGGAGAUUUGCACUGAAUUAUGAGCAAACAGCCAAAUGUGGAGGUGAAGACGUGUUCAUCGAAGAAUUCAAGAAAACUAAAGGAUAUAAAUAUCUCUCACUAAAGUUACCCAUUUCAAGAAAUGACAAUUUAUAAUAAUUUAUUAAUUAAAAUGGUACACCAACCCAACAGAUGUGA